CAGGAGGAGACGGGGAAAUCUCCCAAGAAAACCCUGGAGCGGCGGCCGGGGCGCGCACAGCGCCCGCCGGGCCCGGCACCCCGCCGCCGCCGAGCGCACCGCCCGGCAGCCCGGCGCCCCUGCCAUGGAUUCCUUUAAAGGUGGAAUGAAUUUGGAGAGACUGCCCGAGAGCUUGAGACCCCAACCCUCCCAUGACAUGGCUUCCAGCUUCCAUUUGCAAAGAUCCUCGGAACCCAGAGACCCGAUCGAGAACUCAGCCAGUGAAUCCUCCGACACGGAGGUGCCAGAAAAGGAACGCAGCGGCGAGCAGAAAAACGAGGACGGGGCCGCCGACGACCCGGCGAAGAAGAAGAAGCAGCGGCGGCAGCGGACCCACUUCACCAGCCAGCAGCUGCAGGAGCUGGAGGCCACUUUCCAGCGGAACCGCUACCCCGACAUGAGCAUGCGGGAGGAGAUCGCCGUGUGGACCAACCUCACAGAGCCCCGAGUCCGGGUCUGGUUCAAGAACCGCCGAGCCAAGUGGAGAAAGCGGGAGCGGAACCAGCAGAUGGACCUGUGCAAGAACGGCUACGUGCCGCAGUUCAGCGGGCUGAUGCAGCCCUACGACGACAUGUACGCCGGGUACCCCUACAACAACUGGGCCACCAAAAGCCUCACCCCGGCGCCGCUUUCCACCAAGAGCUUCACCUUUUUCAACUCCAUGAGCCCCCUCUCCUCGCAGUCCAUGUUCUCGGCGCCCAGCAGCAUCUCCUCCAUGAACAUGCCCUCCAGUAUGGGCCACUCGGCCGUGCCGGGCAUGGCCAACUCCGGCCUCAACAACAUCAACAACAUCAGCGGCUCCUCGCUGAACUCGGCCAUGUCCUCGCCGGCCUGUCCCUACGGGCCACCGGGCUCGCCCUACAGCGUCUACCGGGACACUUGCAACUCCAGCUUAGCCAGCCUCAGACUGAAAUCAAAGCAGCACUCCAGUUUCGGCUACAGCAGUUUGCAAAGCCCCGGCUCUAGUCUAAACGCCUGUCAAUACAACAGUUGACGGACUUGACACAAACCACCUCCGACAAAACACCGCCGACAAAGCAAAGCAGAAGCAAAGCGACGUUUAACGGAAAAGAAAAAAAAAUUAAAAAAAAAAAUUAAAACCCGAUGAUGAUUAAAAGCAAAACCCGAGCAAGUGAGAGAGGAAAAAAAAUUAAAAAACAAACCCAAACAAAACACCAACAAUAAAGCCCCAAAAGCUCCGCGGACUUCGACUGUCUAGAAAAAAAAAUAUUAAUGCAAACCAACGACGCAACCAACAAAACAGCGCUUAAAAAAAUAAAAACAAACCAUCAAAAACCGUAAACGGACCAGAAAACUUUUGCAAGAGACACCGAAAUCUGGUACAUGGAUGAGUUGCAAUUUUUCUCUGGAUUAUGCGGGUUGUAUGUGUUUACUUGAACUUGCACAGGAGUUGGUAAGGCGGCCGCUUCCCCGCGGGGAGGGCGGCGAGGGAGGGAGACGCCUCGGUGGUAAGA